UCCGUCUCCUCCCUCGGCGCCCCGGGAGCCCGGCCCGCCCCGCGGGCUGCUCGGGCUCGGCAGCGGCACGGAGGAAACCCGGGGCCCUGCGAGGGCAGGCGGCGGCCGGGGCGACAUGGGCAGCGCCGAGGAGGACUACAACUUCGUCUUCAAGGUUGUCCUGAUCGGGGAGUCUGGGGUGGGAAAAACAAACCUGCUCUCUCGUUUUACCCGCAACGAGUUCAACCACGACAGCCGCACCACCAUCGGCGUGGAGUUCUCCACGCGCACAAUCCUGGUGGGAGACGCCGUGGUGAAGGCUCAGAUCUGGGACACGGCCGGGCUGGAGCGCUACCGCGCCAUCACCUCCGCGUAUUACCGGGGGGCUGUGGGUGCCCUGGUGGUGUUUGAUAUCACCAAGCACCAGACAUACGAUGUGGUGGACCGCUGGCUGAAGGAGCUCUAUGACCAUGCCGAGGCCAGCAUCGUUGUCAUGCUGGUGGGGAACAAGACUGACCUUGCACAGGCUCGAGAGGUGCCCAUGGAAGAGGCAAAAAUGUUUGCAGACAACAACGGGUUGCUGUUCGUCGAGACCUCGGCGCUGGACUCCACCAACGUUGAGGAAGCAUUCGAGACCAUCCUGAAGGAAAUCUUCUACAAAGUGCAGAAGCAGAAGCAGAGGAGCAGCCAAAGCAACACGGUGUCACUUGCAAGUGAGAGCCCUGCGAGCACAGCCCCAGCACAGGCAGAGAGGCGCCCGUGCUGCGUGCCCCUCUGAACCUGCUGGGCACCCCGGGAAGUCCCCAGGGGACCCCACAAUGCCAGGACACACCAGUGGCCACCAGCACAGGCUGGUGUCACCCCGCCUGCAGUGCCACCCCUGUCCUGGUGCGGUGGGGACCAGCAGCCUGGACAGGGGCCAAAUUCUGCCAUAAACAGUGAGAAGCACCAGUUCCAGGAGCUCUUCUCUCUCUUGUUUCAUUUUUGCUGGGCCCUGAUUAGCAUCACCACUGUCACGACAGCACCCUAACAGCCCUCUGGACCUGCAGGGCAAAAUGACCAGGACACCCCUGAAGCACCUCUGGGGAGGAAGCCAGUAGGUUCUGGGCAGGAUCAUGCCAGCAACAGGAGCCUCUCUGAUUCCCUCUGGCCCUGGGGUGCUGCUGUAGGGCCACCCUGUGCCUGCACUGAGGAUGAGGCUGACCAACAGGUGUCUGUCCCACCAGGGACUGCUCUGGGGUGUGAAGUGGCAGCACUCAGCCCUUGGCUGUCCCAGCAGGGCCCGGUGCCAUGGGGCCGGGAGCAGCUCUGUGUCCAGCACGGGCGUGACACAAUCAUUAAAGGACUUGUGAAAUGCA